UAUUCCCCACCAUCACCUCAAGCUUCAUUUCGCCAGUCCAACUACAACCAUUAUUCUGCCUACCAUAACCAAAACUUUCCAUCCCAGACAUUUUCCUCUUCAGACUCCCGUGACAUUGACCAACAAGGUUCCUCUGCCAACUUGGUCACAGGUUUGCUCGGUACUCUCUCUUCUGCUUGUAACAGUCCCACUUCAGCCGGUCGAGGUCGCCCGCCUGAUGAAACACCGACAAGGCUCAACCUUAUACCCGGAACAGCAGUUCCACGGCUUGUAGGAACUUCAAGGAUCAUCUCCACAUCAGCCAGUCAGUCCGUAUGUGACGGUUCAGCCGACUUGGCCUUGGAGCGCAGCAAGAUGCCUUAUCUACCUACUCACCAACCCCCUACCUCCUCUUCUUCUUUUUCCUCUUCAUCAUUAUCUACUUCAGUCACAUCUCCGGACCAGCAGCUCCAAGAUCAGCAUUAUUUGAGCCAACCACUUCAACAACAGGGACAGCUCUCACAUUAUCAAUCUCGAUCACAUUCGCCACAGUCUCUUCAACAGCACACACGACAUCACCUCCCACAACUUCCAUACCAUUCUCCUACUCAAAUGGGGACUGCUACCAGCCCCUCGAUGAACUCCAAACAACUCCACUGCUCACAUAUUUCACAGUCUCACACUUCUCCUUAUCAGUCUCAAAACCAACAGCAGCAGCAACACCAUCCACAUAUAAAUCUGCAUCAACAGCUCCCGCUCUCUCCAGGACCACAACGCCGGUUUAUUGAUGGUAUCCUACCGGCACAGCAAUCGCGGCUAAUGCGCACCGACUACGAAUCCGGCCAGAGUUCGCCGUCACCUGCAGGCUCGGCCACUCCUGUACCCACACCAAGACGAGAAUCCCUUCUUAUGGGAUCGUGUCAGACCUCAUCGACAGCUAUCACAUGUGCUCUUGGUGGAGUUCAGCAACACCAGUACCAGCAAAAUUCUCUGAAGUCGGACGGGGCCCAAACCAUGGCAUUUGCGAGGCGAGCUCAAGGACCUGGAGGUUCUGAAGAACCCCAGUCGGCUGGUAUGGAGUCAUUGAGUGCUGGAAACAAGACAGUUUCCGAUGUCGAGAUGGAGCAA